AUGUUUGGUAAAGUUUUCGUAAGCUACAUCAGAACAAGAAUUGGGUUCAAACCUCUAAGCACAGUAUACACGCCCAUUUCUUCCUUUUCGCACGGCUUCGAUAAAGACACAUGCUUCCCGUUUAAGAAGUGGCACGAGUUGAGUAUGUCCCAGAAGCAAGAAUUCAUUCAGCGGUUUGUCAAGAACUACAAACAUCAAUACCCAAGUUCAAAAACUAAUGUGUCGCUUAAAGGGUUGUGUAUCGGAAUGGAUGAGCACAAUGAUUCACCAUCCGUGUUUGGCAUUUUUUACAACGACAUCUGGAAAAAAUUUAAAAACGAGCAGCCGGGAUCCAAAAACGACGAUACAAAAUCGGGCAAUAGAUUCAGUCACCCCAGCUUUAAACACUUAUUGAUACAGAAGUAA